AUGGCUGCUAUUCGAACCCGGCCAUACAGGCGAAUCUUGACCUCGGCCUUGCACCGAAGAUUCGUUCAUGCAUCUGCACUUUCACUACUAGUCUGCUACAUAGUUGCGAUUCUCAUCGGGAAUAAAUCAUCCUGGCUUUGGCUAUGGUUUCCUAUUGGCACUUGCGGAAUUCGAACCGCAAUGCUCUUCCUCUCCUGCCUUACCGUCUUCGUCCUUCGCGUCAGCCAAAUGCACAUCGGCUCGAGAACAUCCGCCUCAUCCUUUGGCACAUUUAAACAACUUACUCUCUUCCAAAUCGCGCAAACAUUUGGCUGGUAUAUCUUCUCGGCCUGGUGGUUCACGCAGAUUUAUAUCUGGUCGUCAUCUGCCGAUAAUGAUCUCCAACUCGUGAAACGGGGGAGGGUACCCGAGCGAGUGACCUUGAAUGAAAGACCAAUUUACCUCCACUUCUACCACUUCUCCCUCGCAUGCGUGCAGGCGGCGUGGCACCUGUACUCUGACUACGACCGUGUCCCUUUGCCUAUCGCAGACCGAAGCUCCAGAACAAACGACCAGCGCAUUCACCCGGUACAGCAAACAUCAAAGUACCUCCAGAGAACUUGGAUGCAAACUUUGCGGGAUGGGGGUAUGAGAAGUACACUCGCUGCAGGCGCUACUGUUCCUGUGUACCUCAUGUUUUUCCGCCAAACUGUGUGGAGCUGGUUCUUUGCUUUCGCCCGGACUUAUGCCGAUUUCCCAAGGUCGGCAGCCGAUGUAAGAGGUUUCUUCCCUCCGGAUCCUAUCACCACUAUCCUCCGAACCAUCUACACGGGUGCGAUUCUUGUUACCCUUUGGGAAACCGCCAACCUCUCUUUCUCGGUGUUCAUCGGCAAGGAACCUCUGAAGCGGGGCCAGCCACUCACGACAGACGCCAAGGAUCCCAAUGGCAGUCUCCUCAAUGGUCUCAAUGCAAAGAAGGAGAUCGUGAAGACUUUCGCACUCUGGGAGCUCGGUUUGAUCAGCCAGCGUAACCCUGAACGCCGCAAGGCGAUUUUCAGUGAACUUGAUCGCGAGAAGGGCUCGACUUGGUCUCAGGUCCUAGUUAGCCUCACUGAUGUUAUCAAGGGCGUUACCAUCCGGAUCGAGCAAAUUACCAAGCCCGCUCCCGUUGCCCAAGCACCACCGCAAGCCAAGCCAUCGGACCCUGUUCUUCAAACUCUUCCACGUCUCACUGAGCCCUUGACAGACCAGAACGUCUUUUCUGCUGCUCCUAAGGCUACUUCACGACAGGACAAGUUUGGCGAUGCGUUCAGUUCAACAGCCAAGUCUUUUGGUCAAUCCGAAGACUGGACUCCAACUGCACGGGCUCGCAUGCGCGAUGCUUUCAGUCAAGCGUCCUCGGCUGUAUUUAGCCCCGAGCGGAAACAGAGACUGCUCGGCUCUUCCGAGAAAAUGAAACUUUUGACCGGCGGCCCGUCUACUACUCACAAGUCCGUGGACAUCAACCCGUUGCUUGCACAAUUCCUGCGUUCGCCCAUUGGUCGACCUUUCCAACAAACUUACGCCAAGCGCCUUUCGUCAAUUGUUUUCGGUGCCCCCGUGUCUUCGUUGUCUCCUAUUGUGGAUGCAGUGGAGUCGUUGGCUCGGCUUUUGACUGCCAGUUUGGCUGAAGACCCAUAUGGCAAAGUCCAGACCGACAUACCCCCUACAGUGCGUCUCCUUACUAACACUAUUCUUACACUGGAUGCAUUUGUUCACCAGGGUGGUUUGGAUGCUCACUGGACGGAUGUCGACUUCCCCUCUUCUAGUGACCCCACGGCGCAGGCUAAAGCUCGUCAGGUCCCAGAGGUGGAGCUCGUACUUGACACACUCCGAGGUAGUCUCAAGGACCUAUUGGCGGCGUUCAAGCCUUACUUGCGGGACAUUGGUGUCGUAGGCAAGGACUUGAGACUGGCCAGGGAGGCAGCUGCCAUUGACGCGGAGGAGUCAUUAUGA